AAUGUCAUUAAUGUAAUUUAUUAUUGCCGUAAAUCUUUAUUACUAUCAAAUAAACAUUAACUUAUAUGUUCGUAGACUGGCCUUACGGGCCCUACUGAGUAAAUCGCGUUUGCUCACCCGUGCGAGCCAGUCUUGUAGAACGUAGUGAAUCACAAUUAUCAUAUAAAUGCUCUUUGCAGUCUUGGAGCCAUUCAUAGCAACUUACAAGUCACGUAGCACAAUAUAAAAAUGGCCAGUUGCGCCGCAAAAUGGUGCAAAAACCAUGUUAGAAAAGUUCAAAAGGAAGAUGGGAUGACAUUUCAUCGCGCUUGAACGAAGCAGUGCACCAGAGGUGUCGGGUCACCUACGCGUUACCCUCGCGUGAGUUACCAACGAGCGAGUCACUAACUUGAGCAAGUGUCCAAAAUGCCGACGUGCGUGAUGCGGUGGUGCAGCAACUACCCGAAAACGGCUAAUAAAGCGGCCGGCGUCACGUAUCAUACGUUCCCAAGUAUAGAGUCAAUGCACCAGAAAUGGACCAAGAUAAUCCGGAAGCAGCGAAGAGAUCCAUUCUGGUCGCCUUCGAGACACAGCCGGGUUUGCUCGCAACAUUUCGAGGAGACAGACAAGUAUCUCACGGUAAAAGGCAUAGUCAAACUUAAGAAAACUGCUGUCCCUGCUUUAAAGAUGACUAGCAAGGACGCAGGCAAACUAUUACCGUCGAAAGCCCCGGAAACUUUUCCCUGGCAGGACCCAGACAGCUCUGACCAAGAAGUGAUCAAUGACGAAUGGGUUCCAUUAGUGUCCCGCCUCGAGCAGUGUCGCUUCUGCGGCGACUUCUCCAAAAACUGCCACUACAUCGAUAACAAACCUUACGUCAAUAACAAUAAGACCGAAUUUACCUUGAACGGUAUCUGUGUAAACCUAGACUUUAGUAACGAUCACUUACCAAAGACAGUUUGUAGAGAUUGUGAUGUUAAGUUACAAGAAAUAGCGGAUUUCGUUAAUGUUGUCAAAGCGGCUCAGGAUUCGCUUAUCAAUGUUACUGAUGAAGACGGAAUUCAAGAAGAUGAAAUAACUAGCAAAGAUAUAGAUGAAGAAAAUACUAUAGUUGUUAAAAUUGAAGAUGAGUCACCAACACAUGAACAAGUUGAUGAAAAUGAUGUUGUGCGAGAUGAUAUCAUCAAUACGAAUGAAGCUGAAGUUAUAAAAGUAGCUGAAGACACACUUAAAUCUUUUAAUAAUAAAAGGAAAGUUAAAGUAGAUGUUGAUAGAAAACUGAAGAAAGCUAUAGUCAAUAAAAGACGCAAUAAUAAACAUUCACUUGACAGUGAAGUCAAUAAUGAUGAAAAGCCCGAUUUUAUAGUUGAAGAAAUAGUUGAAAUAGGUCCAACUAGGAUACAAAAGAAACCUAAAGUUAAUACGGAUGGAAUUCAUAAAAUAAAUAUUGAAAUUGAUGUAAAAAAAGAAGCCAAUGAGAAUAAUGAUAUAUGUGAUGUGGAAGUAGAAUCUGAAGUUAGUAGCAACAAAUAUUUAACCUAGUACAACGUAAUAUCGACGCUUAAGAAUCAAUACUGUCUAAGUAACAAAAAUACAAUA